AUCUCUCAGCCCGUCCUCGUCCGCGUCCCGUAGCCUCAGCACCAUGGUCAAGUACAUGUCCCCCGAUGAAUUAGCGGCGCUUAUGAAAAGCGGCAAAGUGCCGAUGAAAGACUACGCCAUCGUCGACGUCCGUGAUGACGACUGGGUCGGUGGCAACAUCAAGGGCUCACGCAAUACCCCUUCGCACGUCUUUUUGACGAAGGUCGAUGACCUGGUUGCGCAAACGCAAGAAGUGCCCAUCGUGAUCUUCCACUGCGCGCUCUCGCAAGUCAGAGGUCCGAGUGCGGCACGGGUAUAUUCAGAAACGCGAGGUAUCAUGCAGGCAGAAGGCCAAGACGGACCCCACGAUGUGUACAUCUUGCGAGGUGGCUUUCACGACUUCCAAGCAAAGUACAAAGCCGAUCCUGACCUGGUCGAAAACUGGAAGGAAGAGGUAUGGGGCAGCCAGUUACACCUAUGAUUUUCGCGUCGCAACUUUAAUGGGCCUAGGGUCAGGCGGAGCUACGUCAUGAUCAUUCACGCUAUUAUCACUAUAAUACAGAUGUAGCCUUAUGUACCUUACGUAGAUGUGCUGUUAUAUACACGCUUCAGGAUUGUUC